AUGAACAUCAACAAGCCCACCAUCAGAGGCGUAAAUCUGCCCGGACUUCAUAGACAGAAGUCCGACAAGAAUGAGCUUCGAGUGCCCUUCCUCGGCUUCAUCCCCAACAAGCCUCGCAACCAUCUCGUUGCUAUGAUCGGCGAGUUCAUCGGGACGUUCCUCUUCCUGUUCUUCGCCUUUUCUGCUACGCAAGUCGCCAAUGCAGCAGCAGCCGGAGCAGGUACAAGCGGUGGCUCGUUGACUCAGGUGCCCAAUACCAGCGUUUUGCUGUACAUCAGUCUUGCAUUCGGCUUCAGCUUGGCGGUCAAUGCCUGGGUCUUCUUCCGGAUCAGCGGAGGCCUUUUCAACCCAGCAGUCACACUAGGCAUGGCACUCAUUGGAGCCGUUACCUGGCCUCGUGCGGCUUUGGUCUUUGUCUCCCAGAUCCUCGGUAGCAUGGCGGCGUCUGGAGUUGUAUCAGCACUGUUCCCAGGUCCAAUGGCAGUUUCCACCACCUUGAGCAGCGGCACCAGCGUCACUCGCGGUCUCUUCAUCGAGAUGUUUCUCACGGCUCAGCUCGUCUUCACCAUCUUCAUGCUGGCCGCAGAAAAGCACAAAGGGACUUUCAUCGCGCCCAUCGGCAUUGGUCUCUCUCUCUUCAUCGCUGAGCUGUCUGGCGUCUUCUUCACCGGCGGCUCCCUCAACCCAGCACGAUCCUUCGGCCCUUGCGUCGUCCUCCACAGCUUCCCCGGCUAUCACUGGAUCUACUGGCUCGGUCCCGCCCUCGGCGCCCUCAUCGCGGUAGGAUUCUACCGCCUGGUCAAAUCGCUCGAAUACGAAACCGCCAACCCAGGCCAAGACUUCAACGAGCACGAGGCGGAAAACUUUGAAUUCGACGAGGACAACGCGGCGACAGGAAAGGACGUGGCCCGGCCGCCUCCAGUCUCGAUAGCCUCGAAUGAUCUCGCCGGCCUGCCGAGUCGAGAUAGCCAGCAGGUGCCCGGCAGUGCUGGUAUGGUUUCCCCGAGCCGCGGCCGGCUGGAUAGGUCCAGCGGGAGUGAGAAGAUUGAAGAGGAGCCUUACCGGGCUGGGCCGGAGAUCGAGAGCGCUUCUCGUCUGAAAGGUUGA